UCUGCAUCGGUUGAGACAUACUUUGUAUCGUGAGUGAUCUAACAUUGGCUGCGAUCAAGGUUUUCUCUCUCGAAAGAUCAUUUGACACAAUGAGUAAGGUUUUUGUAUACGUUCUCGAUAAAGUUGUGUGGUUACUACUGAUAACCGCUAUGAUGACACAGGCUCUCCAAAUAGCAGGAGUACUGGAUACUCCAAAAGGUUUACAGGAAAUAUCAUAUGUACAGGGAAAGGAAUACAAUUUUCAAAUAACCGUGGGAAGCGAUGCAAGGGCAAAACGAGAGACAGCAGAGAGAUCGAAAGUAAUCGAUAGCUUAUUCAAUGGUCAAUUCGAGCAGAGUGAAAUUUACGUCAGGAUAGGUCGAAGAAAGGUGAUCACAGCAAUAAUGUAGGCAAACAUCCCUAUACAGACUUUGACUGCAGUAAACAAUCUCGUUCAGAGUUCCCGACCCGUUUUCCGGAGUUUACGGGAUUAUGCCAUCAGAAGAUUCUCUAAAACUAAAACAGCCAGUACAACGGAAUCUCCGGAUUCGAACCUUCACAAGAGAUCAUAUCCUGUUUACGUUCGACCCAAGGAAGAUGAAGAAAAAUAUAAAGUUGAUCUACCUUGAAACUGUUACAAAGUGUGAUGAGAGUGUGAAAAGACGAAAUUUUUUUCGUGAACACAUCGCGUAGGAUCGAUUUUCUGAAUUAUUGAACGAAAAACGUUUUUGUAUUCGAGUUUUCCUAAUAAUUUACAUGAAAAAAUCGAUUUCAUA